AUGGAUCAAGGUUUGAGCAUCUGUUGUGUGAUCGGCUCAGGAGCAUUUCUUGUGGAUGAGUGUUUUCUACAAAACAUGAAGUUGCAACUGAUAAAUGAGGUAGCAGAUCAGAUUGGUUGUCAUCAAGGCGGAGGUGUUACACUUCGUUUCCCCUUGGAAGAAAUUGUCCAAAGGAGACCAAUUGUCUGUCCAGGACUGACAAGUUCCUUUGUUACCAACCUUUACCUUUCUCCAAUCGUAAGCCAAGUUUUCGGAAGCUUGUUUGCUAGCCAUGAAUGCUUUUGCCUUGUCUUAAAAGUCCAGAUAGAAUCUCUGCAAAUGGAACCAGCUAACCCAAAUGGUUCAGGCUACAGGCGUUUUCCAAUUGACAAGGUCUCUCAGUCCCAAGCCUCCUUCAUCUUUUGGUUUCGUUAUUGA